CGUUCUGCAAGCCGUGGAAAUGGACGGCCAGAGACCGGGUCCGGUCGUGGGACCCAACGGGGAGGAAGGGCCUGAACCGAACCGGCCCAAUACCGCUGCACGGGGAGCAGCGGUUCGAGUGCUUAAGCGAAAUAUGAAACGCAGCGGGAGUAAAAAUUGCCUGAGUCAGAAAUGCUGUUUGGGAUCACGAGAGAAAGAAUGGCUGAGAGAAGACCCCAGCAGAGGAUGUAUCUAUGUCUAUGGCACAGACAACACAUCCUCCAUUUGUGACCUCCACGUGGUCCUCUGCACUGUGGACACCACGGCCUCUGAGAUCCUGCUUAGUGAAGGGACAGACAGCCUGUAUGUACAGCUCAAUGGAGACCUGGUCAGGAGGUUAGAACCCGAAGAACGACCCCUGUACAUAAUCUACAAGUACUUGUCCGAUCUGGGGUUUCGGGACACUGCUCGGAUCCAGGAGGAGGCCGCCCACUCCGAUCUCAGCUGCAUGAUCCGGUUUUAUAAUGAGAAGCCAAGUUCUUUGGAGCAGCUGGACCGGAUUCUGCUGUCGGGGGUGUAUAACGUGCGCAAGGGCAAAACCCAGCUUCACAAGUGGGCGGAGAGGAUGGUGGUGCUGUGCGGGACCUGCCUAAUUGUGUCCUCCGUGAAGGAUUGUCAGACGGGGAAGAUGCACAUUCUGCCCCUUGUGGGUGGCAAGAUCGAGGAGGUGAAGCGGAGGCCGCACUGCCUGGCCUUCUGUUCUUCGGAGGCACAAGCGCCCACCUACCACGUCAGCUUUGAUUCUGCAGCAGAAUAUCAGAGAUGGCUCCGCCAGGCAACCAAAGUUGUAUCGCAGAGACUAAGCACUGUAGAUCUCUCGUGUCAAAGCCUGAAGGAGAUCCCCGAGCACCUGUUCUACUGUCAGGACAUCACCAACCUCAACCUCCGUCACAACUUCCUGCAGCUGGACAGCGCAGACGGGGUGACCAGUCUAUCCAGGUUUUCUCAACUGAGAGUUCUGAACCUGUCACAAAACAAGCUGGGAGAUUUCCCCCUCCAGUUAUGCGAGAUCACCACGCUUACGGAGCUGAACGUGUCGUGUAACGGGCUGACGCACUUACCACCCCAAGUUGGGCAGAUGCUCAGCCUGCAGACGCUAAACCUUGAUGGGAACUGCUUGACGUCAUUACCAGAAGAGCUUGGAUGUCUCCAGCAGCUCUCCUGCUUGGGUCUGUCAUUCAACGAUCUGAGUAGCAUACCCCCUGUGUUUGAGAGGCUUGGCUCAGUGGACAGAUUGUGCAUGGCUGGGAACCGAACGGAGUCUUUAAGUCUUCAGACCUUAUACAACAUGCCACACUUGAAGUCCGUAGACUUGAGGAUGAAUCAUCUUACACAAGUCAUCGGCACCUUGGAGGGAAUAGACAACGUCACCCAGUUUGAUGUACGAGACAACCAGCUGACGGCCCUGGACCUCAGAUGCUUGGGGAACUUAGAACAAUUGCACUGCGAACGCAACCAGCUGAAGGAGCUGAUUCUCUGCGGCUUCUCCCUGAGAGCGGUUUAUGCUGCGUCCAACCAGUUGACCUUGGUGAAUGUAUACCUGACUCCUUCCCAGCUGGUUUCUUUAGACUUGUCCAGGAACUGCUUAACGUCAGUGCCAGACUGUGUUUGUGAAGCCAAGAGGCUGGAAGCUCUAGAUCUCAGCUGGAACCUACUGACAGAAUUACCCUUAAGGGUAAUGGGGUGUCCCAAGUUAAGGAAGCUUCUCCUCGGACACAACCAGCUGAAGAACCUGCCGUGUCCUACUGAUUGCAUCCCUCUGGAAAGUCUGGAUGUCCAGCACAAUCUACUGAGACACCUUCCUGACUUCUUGUUCUCUGUAGCUUUAAAUCUCAGGUUUCUUAAUGCAUCUGCAAAUGCACUGGAGUCCCUGCCAUCCAUGUGUAGUGGAGAGGAGAGCGGAACUAGGCUGCAAGUCCUCUACCUAACCAACAACCAGCUGACUGAUCAGUACGCCCCGUUCUUGACCAUACACGUGAACCUCAGGAUCUUGCACAUGGCUUAUAACCAACUGGAGACCUUCCCCGCCAGCAAACUGAACAAACUGGAGCAUUUGGAGGAGCUGAACCUAAGUGGAAACCGCCUAAAGUCCAUCCCCAGCACUGUAUCCAACCUCAAACAUCUGCACACCCUCAUCGCUCACUCCAACUGCAUCAGCGUGUUUCCUGAGAUUUUCCAUCUGCCGCAUAUCCAGCUGGUUGACUUGAGCUGUAACAGUCUGAUGGACAUCCCGGCGCCCGAUGCCCUGCCGCCCGCCCUGCAAGAGCUGGACUUGAAAGGGAACAAUGACCUGGUCCUGGAUCAUCAGCUCCAUGACAUCUUCAGUCACAUCCCCAUCCUGAAAAUCGACAACAAGCCGAUGGCUAACGCGGAGAUGGCGGUGCCGUCCAUUCCCUGGAAUCAUGGCUUAGCUGAGAUGUCUGGCCAGAGGAAUAAGCUGUGUGUGUCUUCAUUGGCGGUCAGUGACUUCGCGGAAGGGGUAGAGGCUUUGUACGGCAUGUUUGAUGGAGACAAAAACGAGGAGGUGCCGCGCCUGCUGCAGUGCACCAUGGGAGACGUGCUUCUGGAAGAAGUGCAGCAGUCAAGCUGUGAUACGACGUCCAUAUGCCACACGUUCCUGGUGUCACACAGGAAGUUGGGGACUGCAGGUCAGAAACUCGGUUCUUCCGCCCUCUUGUGUUACAUCGGACACACGGCACCGGAGCACAGCAACAACUUCUCUUUGACGGUAGCCAACGUGGGGACAUGUCAGGCCGUGUUGUGUCGGAGCGGGCAGCCGUUGGUUUUAUCCCGCAUGUUCAGCAUUGAGCACUGCCCGGAAGAUCUUCUGAGGAUCAAGGAGCAGAAGGCGAUUAUCACAGAGGAUAAUAAGGUGAAUGGCGUAACCUGCUGCACACGUAUGCUUGGCUGCACAUAUCUACACCCAUGGGUGCUUCCUGAACCUCAUAUCACAAAGUUACCGCUUACUGUGCAGGACGAGCUGCUGAUUCUUGGGAACAGAGCAUUGUGGGAGUACAUGCCAGUAAUGGAAGCCGUACAGACCAUUCGGCACUUGCCAGACCCGCUUUCAGCUGCUAAGAGGCUCUGCACUUUAGCACAAAGCUAUGGUUGCCAGGAUAAUGUCGCCGCCCUAGUGGUUUGUCUUAAUAUUGGAGAGGAUACCUGCACUUGUGAAAUGCAUACUCUGACUUUACCCAGUCCAUCCGGCUUACCUUCCACACCUGCCACAAAGGAAUCUCCAGACUCAGUGACGCCAUCUUCCAGUAGCGGCAUUGCCUCGGAGUUCAGCAGCGAGAUGUCGGUAUCUGAGGUGAGCAGCGAGGUGGGCUCCACAGCCUCCGAUGAACACGCCAUGGCUGGAAUAGAUGGAGGCCUCAUCCUCAGGCCAGAACGGCGGUGCAGUCUCCAUCCGGUUCCUUCUGCCAGCACUUUUCAACGGCAGCCAUCUUGUGCCACUUUCUCCAGCAACCAGUCGGAGAAUGGUCUGGACAGUGAUGACGACCUGCAGGCUGAGGGCCUUAAUACUGGCAGCAGGGUGGAAGUAGAGGUGGAUAUUCACUGCAGCAGGCAGCACUCCCCCGAGCCUUCUGCCCUGGGCACGUUUCAGGGACUGGAGGAGGAGGAUGAUGAUGGAAUUUCAGUGCGGAUCCUACAGCAAAACACCAUCAAUCACAGCGCAACGUCGGGCCAAGAGAAGGACGAGCUACCCUCUUCAUCCUCCGGGUCUUGUCUCUAUUGGAAGAAACACUCCAAUGGGUCUGUUGUGCCCUUGGAAGAAAUCCUUAACCUCAUUGAGGUUGCCUCUGAGGCUCCUAAGAGAAAAACUGGCUACUUCUCUGCACCUUCACAGCUGGAGCCCGAGGAUCACUUCGUAGUUCCUCCGCAUCUGGAAAACGACGUUCGGCAGCAGUUGAAUGACUUAGAAUCUGGAGCCGAAGAAAGAGCCAAUGCCCUUGAGGAAUACGAUACUGCUUUGUGACCGGGGCGAACCCAAGGACUUCGGUGGCGGGGCCACAUCAACUGGCCCUAAAAUUGCACAUUUCUCAAUUCUCACUCCUGUAACGUGCGGCAGAUGGAUUUGCCAAUCACAACAUACCUCUUGUACCUUCUUCCCCCAUUCGGAGCCAAAUGUUUUUUGUUUUGUUUUUGUUUUUUAAUUUAUUAAUGAAUUUAAGUCCUGGUUGUUGAGCCAAUGAACAAAUGUGAAUCUAAUCCAGAUGAUAUUUAUAUUUUUUAACCACUUGGUCCCAUUGAAGGUACGAUGCAGCCAACUAGGGUGUGAUCCAGUGGAGGUACUUGAAGAUGACUUAUCCACCUUCCAUAUAUAGUGGAAGAGGAGCUCGUUUGUCUUGGAGGGGGGGGGGGUCAGAUUGCCCUACAACACACUGACGAGUCCUAACGUGGACAGCAGUCUUUCUUCCCUGUCAGAGCCAACUCUCUUAAUACCCCAUGGGUAAGUGGCAUACCCAGAAACCGAUGCCCCCCCUCCCCUUCACACGGAGUAGCUUAUUUACAUAGUACUUUACUGAAUUUGUACAGUUUGCAGCGACUGAUGCCCAGCUUGGAAUGAAGGUUGUCUGCGGGAAUAUUCCUGUCGUGGUCGCUUUUCCUGAGCCAUUCUUGAUCAAUCUCGAGCAGCUUAUGAGACACCUUAGCACUUUUCAGUACCUUGCAAAGUGACUAGAGGAGCAAGAACAAGGAAUCGUACAUUCCCAUUAGAUUCGCCAAGUGUGGUGAUUGAUUGAGCUAUAUGAGCCUCCGUUAUAUCAUGUAGAAUUUACGUUGGUGGAGGGUCAUAUUUUUAAGAUAUUGACUAAAUUAUGAAAUAACAAUAAUACUGUAGGGUCUACAUCUGACUCUGUGAACGUCUCCAGAGGAGUCUCCCAGGUUUAUGACCAGCGGACAUGAGCCACUUUGUUUUUUUUUUAUAUGCACUUUGAACUAGAUUUCAUGGUACCUGGGAAGGGAGGGAGAGGGGCAAAGACCCCCCGCCUGAUGCAACAGAAGAAACUGUAGAGAUCCCGUGGCCUGGUCCACGUCCGAUAUUGCUAGAAAUUUGUCUGAUUUGCACUAAACGCUUUAUAAAUUUCAAUGUGUGACACUGCAGAUUGCAUUGCUUUCUCCAGUUGGCGUCUUAAGUCUAGCUUUACAGACAUUUGGUUGUGAAUGAAUCGACAGAGUCCAAAUCCAACGAGGAACCUUGGCAAGGAUUGGACAGUCUGUACUUGGACCACCUUUCCCCAUGAUGCUUUGCCUGCUCAGGGCUCUCCCCGAUAUACACGGAGUCCUCACUACUUCUAUUGUCAUUCCUGGUUUGAAUGUCGAUGCCAUGUUGCCACAAGAAAAUCUCGCCAAUGGGGAGGACAAAUUUGCUGUCUUAGUGUUUUCAUUUUUGGCUUGAUACCGGCAGAGGGGUCCAGUCAUGUCGUUGAGGCGCGAGUCCCUUCAUCCCUCGCUCUAAGUUGCUGCUGUGUUUAUUUCAGUGUUGGGGGUGGGAGGACUACUCGGACAUCUCUGUGCUCCAGUGAGAUAGCCCUAGGGGUCAUAUAUUAAUAAUAUUGGAAAAUGCCUUGAGGGUUGUAUCUGUUGCUGCAUCCUUCCCCGUCUCAGGCCUCCUUGCACACUUGGUUUUCUUCAUUUCUCCCUCUGCCGCCACCACCACCAGUUUUUACGGAGACAAUGGGCAGAGAAGACACUGGGAAAGGAUUACGUCAGGGAUUUGUCUUGUAUUCUGCGCCCCCAUUGUGUGCAAGAGCGAUCCGCGUUUGCCGUGUCUAUGGAUUUGAAAUCUGCAUCAAGAAGGCAGGCCACUUCUUGAUGUGGAUUCCAUGUGGAAACUGUGGCAAGCAAUCCACAUUGAUUGGGACUAAUCCACGUGUGGACAAACAGAAGUUGUCGAUGCAGAAGGAAUUCCUUGAAUUUCUGCCACGGAGCCCACGUCCAAUACAUGUUGGGGAAAAAUCAGAUGUUGACCGCCAUGUCUUAAGGGAGUUGUGCUAAGUUUUAAAUUUAUCUCCUUCAGGAUAAAGGAUAUCUCAUCGCUGGGCAUCCAACCGCUGGGAUAGACACUGAUCCCAAGAAAAGGGAGUCCCAUUUCCCUGUCCUCAUGGAGUGGGCAGGUCAAGCGUGAUGCCAUUCCAUUCUCUAUAGGAGAAUACUUCGCCAAGCUAUUUUCCGUCCCAAAGAGCUGAAUAGAGCAGCAGGGUGCAUGCUCGACCUAUCACCCCAUCAGGAUGGGAGAAUGGGACCACCGUUCUUGAGACUGGUGGGGAAUCGAGAAGUCGGGCCCUGGCCAGUGCCUUAGUUCUGCCUGGAGAGAGCCGGCACUGCCCCUACCACUACCAAUGCAUGGUCACCUUAUCUGUACUCUGCAGGGUAAAUUUAUGAAACUGGUCUAAAAGAAAAACUUGCCCAUAGCAACCAAUCACUGUGCGGCAUUCAUUCUUCAAUGGAAAAUACCAAAUGAAAGCUGUGCUGUGACUGGUUGCUACAUCUGCCAGUCUGAUGGACGAGCCUGGUGUUGGUGAAUGCCAGGAGAAUGUUACCUGUUGGUGGUGGAGGGGUAAUGCUAUGGAGGUGUUCUUAAGAGGUUGGCCUAGGUUCCUUAAUUCCAGUAAAGGGAAACCAAGACAUCGUUGACAGUUGUAAGCUUCCAGCUUCGUGGGAAGAGUUUGGGGAAGGUCCUUUUCUGUUCCAGCAUGAAUGUGCCACAAUGCAAGGUGGGGGGAGUUUGGUGUAGAAGAACUUGACCUCAAGCCUAGCCAACACCUUUUAGGAUGAACUAGAACAGGCAUGCUCAACCUGCGGCCCUCCAGCUGUUGCGAAACUACAACUCCCAGCAUGCUCGAACAGCCUACAGGAGGUCAUUGUGGGAGUUGUAGUUUUACAACAGCUGGAGGGCCGCAGGUUGAGCAUGCCUGAACUAGGACAUAGAGUGUGGCCAGGCCCUCUCCUCCAAGAUCAGGAUCUGACCUCCAUGAAUGGGCAAAAAAUUCCAUCUUUUAGAAAUUCUUCCCCCGAAGAGCCAAGGGUGGUGGGGUAAAACUCCAUAUUAAUGUGUAUGGAUUUAGAAUACUUUUCUCCAGGACAAGACCAUUUUUCUUUUAGAUAUUUUGGGUGUUCAUCUCUCUACAUUGAUUCAUUUGUGUGAAAGGGGCCUCCGACUGGGGGUGAAUAUAUCAUCGGAUGUACGCAGUUUACUGGCAUACAAACAUAAUUAUUGUGCAAGCAAAUUUUUGUAAUUUUUUUUUUCAAGCUAUGUGGAGGAGAUCCUCCCGAGCGCGGCAGAUACUGGUACAGCUCACCUCUGCACCAGAUCGCUAGCUUUUCUAGUGCAUGGACAACGCCUCAAUAUAUUGCAUUAGACAUAUGGCGUAGCUGUGGAAAUACCUGUACAUUUCUUAAUUUUCAAUUCUGGCUCAGUUCCAUGUUCUUAUAACCAGAUUUGCCCCAGACAAGGGCCGCAGCACGUCCAACUGAUGUCACUCCCCGACUAAUCCAUCCAUGGCUAUAUGCGCUCUCCCAUAAGGACCAGAGCAUGCCCAGUAGAAAUUUACCUAAUCCACUACCUCCCUGUCUAUUGUGCAGCCAGGACAAUUUAUCAGCGCAUGCGCAGUAUUUUGGGGCUUACUCUAACUGCACAUGCGCCAAUAUUUCAUCUUAAAUGCACAAUGGACGGGGGCGGCAGUGGAUUAUGUAGGUUUCUACUGCGCAUGACCCUGGUCCCUGGAUUUGGGCCUUGUUUGUAAGAGACAGGGGAGCAGGAGCGUACAUUCAGUCAUGGACAGGUUGGUCAGGUGACCCAUCUAGGACAUGACAUCACUUGGACAUGGGCUUAAUCAGGAGAAAUCUGAUUGUUUACGUCCAGGGCAGCAAAUAGAGAACAUGAAACUGUGCACGAAUUGAACCUUAGGAAACAAACAGGUUUUUCCACUUCUACAAUAGACGUCUGAUGCAGUAUGUUUAUAGGAAAGGGGCCAACCCCGCUAAGUUGUCAUUUUCGCUUUCUUUACUUCACCCCAUGCUCUCGUCCUUGCCUGUUUUUAUUGGGAAAACACUGUUAGGACAGUUUUGUGCAUUUUUUUUGUACUAAACUUUGGGUGAAACCAGCUGUACUUUACCAUUUUUUAGAACAAAUUACAACAGUUUCAUGACAGUACAUUUUGUGGUACUACACAUUUAUUCCUUAGCGUACACCUAUAUCACAGGCAUGUGGUGGAUAGAGCCGAGUCCGCUCCAUACACGCUAAUUGCCAACUGUGUUAGACAGUUAACGCCCUCACACAAAGUCCAGGAUCGGAGAUAACACCAAUCCCAGAUGUAUAAUGCAGUCAAUAGCAACCGUGGCAUCUGAGCAGUUAGACAUGGAGGGGGCUCCAUUUGUCCUCCAGACGUCUCAAUGCAAUCAUUGGGGGACGAUGACAGAGGUUGACAUGGCAGCCAGGGACCUAGUGAAUGUCCCUUCCCCAGACGUGCCAUCUUUGUACUCCCAUUAUAGAAGUAAUUAUAUGUUCAAGUCCCCUAAGGGGGCUAAAAGGAAAAAAAAAAAUAAGUCUUUAAUUAUAAUAAACAGAUUUAUUAAGAAAAAAAAAUCUAAAAAGUUUCACAUAUUAAACAUAAAAAAAUAAAUAAACUUAAUUGGAAUCAAAAUGUCUGAAACAUACAGUACAACUUUAUUUAUCCUGCACAGUGAACGCCAUGAAAAAAAAAUAAAAAAAAAUACCAGAAUUGCUGUUUUUGAGGUCACCUCCCCAAAAUAAUGAAAUGUAAAAAAAUCUAAUCAAAAAGACAUUCACCCCUUAAUGGUACCAAUAAAAAACUACAACUCGGACCACAAAGGACAAGCCCUCACACGGCUUCAUCCACUGAAAAAAGUUAGACAGCAACAGCAUUUUUUUAAAGGCUUUUAAUUAAACUAUAUAAAUUUGUUGUCGUCUUAAAUCAUACUGACUCACACAAUGAACUAUGUAAAAAAAAAAAAAUUUAAAUGGCAGAAUUUCUUAUUUUGUGGACCGACAUGAACACUGCUGUUCCAUUUAGGGAGGGGACUCCUCGUUCUCUGGGUCAGACCCUCACAAUCUGUAAUUUAUUAUUUAUCCUGUGGAAUAGGUUUUAUAGGAUAACCCCUAAUAAAAUGGCGCUGCCUUCUCUUUGCUCAGGCUUUCACUAUGUGGAUGUCUCGUCAGGGAAGCAAAUCCAUCAUGUAGAAGUACCCUUCCUUCUAAGACUUCUGCAUGUAGAGGAAGACUUCCUGUGAUUGUCACCUAGUGGGAAGUCACUAGUGUGGCUCCUCCUACUUUCCCACCCCCGCAGAUCUGAAAUUUCUGUCACCUUUAUUAUUCAAUGGUUGGGUACUUCCACCUAUUUGUCCAAAGAGGGUUUUAGGAGAAAGUGUGGACUUAUGCCCCCUACUGCAUUUUUUGAGCACUGCAUAAAAGGCGUUUAUACAUUUCAUCGCGAUUAUAUCAUGGGAUAGGCAUUAAACUGCCUUCCCUGCUGCACAAAGCAUGAAUUUAGCAAAGGACUGAAACCAAGCUUUAAAAGCAUCUCGAUCCCUUCUGAAUAGUGUUGAUUUGUAAGCAGAAACAGGUUUAUGAAAUGCGUCUGAUCUUGCACUGGUGGGGGUUCUUUUUACAGACACUGCCCCCUGGGGGGGAGCCAAAGAAAUGACAACCUCUAAAGCCAUUAUUUGUACAUUUUUAUUUUAGCAAAAGCAAUAAUGUAUAUAUGUACAAGUUUUCAUUUACACAUUUCUUGAUUUUUGGCUUUGCUGGCGUUAAAGAAAAAACAAAAAACAACAUUUUUCCCAGUUUUCCCUGAAAUGUCAAAUAUAUGCUCUUUCCCCAAAAUAAACCGCUGUUCAUUCUGUUCUGAAAAUCUCUUCAAAAUGAUGUUGUAAUUAAAGCGGAAUCUGCUGUC